AUGAACCCCAUCCGGCCCAGCAAAGAGCGACUUACCUCGUUGGCAAAAUUGACUGCCCAGGUUUUUAAUCGGUCUUACAACCCCGAGAACCUUCGACGUGGCACUAAGGCCCUCCGGGCACCGCUGAUUGGCGAGCAGAUCAAGAGCUACUACCCCACAAGCGACUUCAGCAUGAAGAGCCUUCGAGAGGCCAUGCCCCAGUUUGGUUUCGCAGACUACACUGAGUGGUACCGACUUACCAACGUUGUUCAGUGA